AUGAGCUUCAAACCAAAUGGUCCUCGAAGCACCAGCCAGCUUGAUUUUCACAGACCAAAGAUUCGAUGGAACGAGGCGAUACCAACGCUGAGCAAGGAGUCGAGAAGGUGUCUUCAGAACCUGGCACGAUACCACCCGCCGAAACCGAGUAUCAUCGUGCCACGCUCGCGCAGUGCCGCGGUGCUCGUCGCGCUCUUCGUCGGUCGACAAGGCGACCUUUACGUGCUGCUUAGCCGACGCUCGUCGACGCUGCGGACGUACGCUGGGGACACAUCGCUGCCUGGCGGGAAGGUUGACCCGGAGGAUAGAUCUAUAGAGGACACUGCGAGGCGGGAGGCGUUUGAAGAGAUUGGGCUGCCGCGCGAUAGAAACAAGGUCCCGCUUCUGUGCAUAUUAGAGCCAUUCCUUGCCGCUGAACUUAUUGUAACCCCUGUCGUCGUACUAAUUCUAGAUAAUACACUCCGGCCCAUUUUAAAUAGAGAUGAAGUCGCCAGCCUAUUCUCACACCCGCUUGCCUCGUUCCUGAGCUCCAACCCACCCUUUCCACACGAACCCGACACACUCGAAGUCCCUUAUCACAAGUCCUUCGACUUCAAGGGCAGCAACCGAGCCGAGCCUGUAUUCCGCGUCCACCAGUUCCUGACUGGCCGCGAGGCCGGUGGAAUUAAGCCCGUUUUCGGGCUGACUGCGGCAAUGCUUAUUCGGGUCGCGACUGUGGGGUACGCGCGGCAGCCGGAUUUUGAAGUGAGCCCCCCACACGCGCCGUCGAACGAAGAAAGGAUUGCGUGGGCGCUGCUGAAUCGCAAGGUGUUUCGGGACGCGUGUGAGCGGGACGGGGUUGAUCUGCGCGCUGCGAGACGUGUGGUGGAGGCGUGGGAUAAGAGGGAGGCGCGUCGGCGGCGAAAGGAAGGGGAACGCGAAGGCAGUUCUACAUCCCACCCCAAGAGCAAGUUAUAG